AUGAAGUUUCCUUUCAGUGCCUGGGGUGAAGGAACAUUUCUCGCAGUUCAAACAGCUAUCAUAGCCGUUCUUGUGCUACAUUUUGGAGGAAGUUCUUUAAAAGCAGUUUCAUUUUUGAGUUUUUAUAUUGGUCUUGUUUCUGCAUUGGUUAGUGGUUAUACUCCCAAAGAUGUAUUAUGGUCCAUGCAAGCAGUUAAUGUACCAAUAAUAGUUAUGGCAAAGGCCAUUCAAGUAAUAACCAACUACAAAAAUGGUAGCACCGGUCAAUUAUCAGCAGUAACAUGUAUGUUGCUGUUUGGCGGCAGCAUUGCUAGAAUAUUUACUUCUAUACAAGAGACUGGAGAUUUCAUUAUUAUACUUACAUACUGUGUGUCUACUGUUGCUAAUGCAGCUUUAGUUUUGCAGCUUUUCUGGUAUUGGAAUGUUGAUAAGUCUAGCAAAAAUAAGAAUAAGAAAAAGAAAAAGAGGACA